AUGGGCAUCAGAGUCAAGAUCGAGUUCCUUGGAGGCUUGGACGUCAUCUCCAGCGGAGUCAGAGAGCACAAGGCAGUGGUGCCGCUCGAGGAAGGCGAGGCCACCAUGAAAGACUUGGUGGAAUACGUCACCCACAACAUCAUCAGCGACCCCAAGGACAUUCCUGUGUUCAUCGAAGACGACACGGUUCGUCCAGGAAUCCUCGUGUUGAUCAACGACACCGACUGGGAGUUGGAGGGCCAGGAGGAGUAUGUGCUUGAGAGCGGAGAUGUGUUCACGUUUACCAGUACGUUGCAUGGUGGAUGA